AUGCCGUGUAUGUAUUUUUCAGGGGUAGAUAGCGAUUCUAUCACUAUCGAUGAUCCUAGCAACGAGUGCAUUGUAAUAAACCCAGAACUAUAUGAUAGAGUUCGCAAUAACAAAGAACAAAACACAAGAGUCUUUUUGGACACUCACUUGCUUAAGAUUCGGGGUAAUGAAGAUGGGCAAGAACGUCGUGCAGAGAAACUAGUGUCUAAGGGUAAUGCAUCUGUGGGCCUAGGAAAUAUGCCUUCUAUACCUAUUCUUGUGUAUACUAGCCGGGCAUUGAUCACAGCUGAAUUUAGGAAGAUGAGUAGUGAUGAAUUCAAGGAUACGUUCCUUGGCCCCCUUGAUAAUGCUCUUCGAGAAUCAAGUAUUAAGAGUCGACUUUUAGCAGAAGACUAUCGCUAUCCAAUGGGUGAUGCAAUACAUGUGGAACGAGUUAUCCAGCGGUACUUUAAUGAAAUAGCAAUCCCGAUCGGGGGACUUUUUCAUGAUAUUGGUGAUAGAACUAAUCAUUUUGGUAGUCCAUCCUUUGUAAAUCCACCGUUAGAUCGAAAAAGAACGAUACAACCUGAUAUCAUUCACAUGUUAACUAAGUCUGAUUUAAAUACACAAUAUCCUGAUAUCGUUUUCGGGGUUGGUGAUUACAAAACAGGAAUAUAUAAAAUGAUGCAAGGCUUCGAAGAAUUUAAAACAGCUAUUCUGAACCGAAGAAGAUUGAGACUGCAUUCUAUUGAAAAUUUCUUUCCAGAUAGGGAGUGGUCACCUAGAGUAUUAUUUGCGUUGGUUCUAAGCAAAUAUAUCUAUGAAGCUUUUCUCUGCGGAACUGACAGAAUUUUUAUUUCAGAUCACCAAACAUUUUCAGGAUUCUUCAAGUAUGAAAUAGUAGAUGGUGAAAUGAUUAUAGACUACUAUAUAAUCAAUGACCCAGAAACUGUGGAGCAUGGUAUUACUUUAAGGGCGGCUAUGGCAGGUUUUUUUAAUAAAAGUCUUGGUGAUGCAUCUGUUACAAAGGCCAGGUUGAUGGAACUUUUUAAUGUUGCCUGCAAAGCUGAAGUAAAAAAAAUAAAAGAGCUGGAUCCAUUCUUUAACGUUCGUCCUAAAGAUCCUUCUGGAUCUUCGAGGAAAUUGGUUGAACAUGGAUAUUCAGGCAGCUCAGACUCAAUAAAAAAAANAAAAAAAAAUAAAGGAAAUUCUAAGAAAUUGGCUGCACGCUCAGACUCAAUAAAAAAAAAUAAAGGAUCUUCGAGGAAAUUGGCUGGACAUGGACUUUCAGGCAACCUAGCCUCAAUAAGAGAAAUUGACUUGAGUGAUAACUUUGAUUCCAUUGAAGGCAACACAUAUUGUCGAAUCAUAUACGAUUCCGCAGAGUUUUAUCCUGAUUUGAAACUUCCAUCACCAGUUUUUGUCAAAUUAUACCACUACUCUAGUCAGUUGUGGGAAAAGAAUAGUUUUAUGUAUUUGGAGAUACCGGAAAAAGAGGGUUACUAUGGCAUGUUUUUCAACGAGCUUUUAAUUAACAAACAAAUUGCUAAGUCAAAAUUCGCUUCUAACUUUCCAAAGCUCCUUAUUUCUGGUUAUUGGAACGGGCUUUCUGACCAUCCUAUGCAUAUAUUGGAAUACCUAGGGAAGGAGGUCCCAGAAGAACAGUGGAAUAAGAAAGAAGUAUACAGGGUCAUCAAGUCAAGACUCAAAGAGCUUCAUCUGAUAGGAAUUUCGCAUAACGAUGUGAGGCCGGCUAAUAUACAUGUGUCAGUUUCAGGUAAGAUUUCUUUGAUAGAUUUCGGAUUGUCGGACAGCACAAACAAUGAAAAACACAAGAAGAAUGAUUUUGAUACUCUUGACUACAUAUUGGGAAAACGUCGAAAAAAUUAA